CGUGGCUCGGGCCAGGUGAGGCUGCAGGUCAGGCUAUCAUCCACUCAAACUCCCACAAAAUGUAUGCAUGAACUCCACGUACUGCAUGAAGGUGUCCAUGUCGCUGACGGUGUCGGAGAACGACACCGACCUCUGCUACAACUCCCUGAUGAGGUUCUCCGAGAAGGCGGAGCUCAGCAAGAACAAGGAGAUCACCUGCCCAGGGAUAGAUGAUUACAUACAGCCCGGGGUGGAGCCCGAGAUCACCUGGUACAAGGAGUGCAAGCCAAAGCAAUGGCGUCCGACCGUGCUCCGAACCCGAGACACGCUGUCCAUCCAGGAAGUCCUGGAGGAUGACAUCGGGAAUUACACGUGCGAGCUGCAGUUCGGGAGUUUCCUGGUGCGACGGACAACCGAAUUAUCGGUCACAGAGAACAAGGACUACGACGCCUACCUGUCCUACACCAAGGUGGAGCCCGACCAGUGGAGCCAGGAGACGCGGGAGGAGGAGCGCUUCGCCCUGGAGAUCCUCCCUGACGUGCUCGAAAAGCAUUUUGGGUAUAAACUCUUCAUUCCAGACAGGGACUUGAUCCCCACCGGAAGUUUCACCAACGAUCAUUUCCAGGAUGACACCAGACUACUUAGAGCCUACAUCGAGGACGUGGCGCGCUGCGUGGACCAGAGCAAGCGGCUGAUCAUCGUCAUGACGCCCAACUACGUGGUGCGCCGCGGCUGGAGCAUCUUUGAGCUGGAGACGCGCCUGCGCAACAUGCUGGCCAGCGGCGAGAUCAAGGUGAUCCUGAUCGAGUGCGCCGAGCUGCGCGGCAUCAUGAACUACCAGGAGGUGGAGGCCCUGAAGCACAGCAUCAAGACCCUCACCGUCAUCAAGUGGCGCGGCGCCGACGCCAGCAACCCCCUCGCCUCCAAGUUCUGGAAGCAGCUGCGCUUCGAGAUGCCGUACCGUCACGCCGAGCCCGACCUGGGCGUGGCGCCGCACGAGCGGGCGCUGGACGUCAGCGAGCAGGGCCCCUUCGGCGAGCUGCAGACCGUGUCGGCCAUCUCCAUGGCGGCGGCCACCACGACCGCCAUGGCGACGGCGGGGCACCCCACCCUGCGCGCGUCGUUCCACAGCUCGCAGUGCCACGCGCAGGUGCGGCAGCAGAAACACUACUACCACCACGGCGGGUACGACUACGACCUGCCGCAGCACGGGGGCACGCUGCCGUCCCUGUCGUCGCUGCAGCAUCAGCAUCAGCAUCAGCAGGGCGGCGGCGGCGGCGGCGGGCAGCAGCACACGUACUGCAACAUCCCCAUGACGCUGCUCAACGGCGGGCAGCAGCGGGGCGGGCAGUCCGCCAGGUCGCCGCGGCAACGGAGCCUGGAGGAGGCGAUGGCGACGCAGCAUCCGGCCAACGCCAUGCUGCCGCUGUUGCCCCGGGAGACGAGCAUCUCCAGUGUUAUCUGGUGAUGGCCAGGCCGGUUAGAAAUGUUGGCGGAUUGGACGAACGCGAGAGCGCCGGUUGAGAAGGACCGUGGGCAGUUUGACCGGAAGACGGGAUCAGUUCUUUUGAACUGUUGGGGUUUUUGGAGGGAGUCGCGCGUUUCGGCGUUUGGCACUAGCUAGCUCGCCGCAGGACUGUCCACGUGCUGCUGCAGCUGGGUUUGCACCAAUUGGAACACAGAGGGGGAGUCGGAGCCGCUUGACAAUGGAGGCGAGGGAUUAUGGGAUGUGAGGGUCUUUUUUGCUGGCUUUUUUCUUUUUCGGCUGUUUGCGUUCCUUUCGUCUGAAAAGAGCUUUCGCGGGAAUUAAACACUGGACAAUCGAGAGGAACUCUUCGUUUUUUUUACAUGCCUGACAGAAAAAAUAAAACGUACCUAACACAAAUGGACACCAACUCUUGAUUACCCAGAGACUCAAGGAAUACAGGGUUCUGUACAUAAGGUUUUCUAAUUCUUUGUAGCAUCUGUUUUUUUUUUUCUCUCGCUAUCUUGUAUUUUAUCAUGGUUUUUGGGAACCUUUUUUUAUUUUAACUUUCUUUUAUAUAUCAUUUUGUUCUGGAUUUGUGCAAAAGUGAAGCAAUGGGCUGUGGUGUGUGUUAAAAUAUUGUUUCUUUAAUCCUAACUUGCUGUUGGCUCACAAAGUCAAUAAAGGGCGAGUUUCAAGUCGGACGGGGGUUGGGUCAAAAGAGAAACAACGAUAGUUUGAUUUAAAUUUGUUUGUACUUAAACUUCGUCUUCUCUCGGUCAGUCGGGCCGUCGGGACUGAGUAAUAUAAUCUGGUACUCGCUCCACCAGGUAACUAGAUUAUGCAAAAAUACACUGAAGGAAAGGAAGACGCCCAAAAGAUAGUUUUAUAUUCCGUCUUAAAUGAUCACGUCAGCUGAACGCAAAUUACGAAGUUGUGGAGACAACACUUUAUCCGAGAUGAGAGAUUUGAGGAGAAAACACUGGUGCUCACAUUGUUCACACCACAAUCCAUUCCUGACAUUGUUUAAUGCUCUCUCUAUCACCCUCUCUCUCUCUCUCUCUCUCUCUCUCUCUCUCUCUCUCUCUCUCUCUCUCUCUCUCUCUCUCUCUCUCUAUCUCUUACACACACUGUCUCUCUGCCUCUGGAUGAUAUUUACUUUUUUAAGACAAAAAUACAGCCUUGCUAUUUACUUUAAAAGAAGAAUAUAUAUGUAUAUCACCUAAAACUAAAAUAAGUGGGUUAUUUUAUGAAAAAAAGGGGGUCUAUUUUUGUAACCGAGGAAUAUUUGCUUAGAAAAGAGAUAUAACCUAUAUAUAAGCGGUUUGGGAGAGGAAAGAACGAAACACGGAACCAUCGCCAAAAAAAAUGUCAAUCUCGAUAUACUGCGUAACUCAAAAUAAAGUAAUAAUCAAUAGACGGCCAUUCGCGAUACGUCUUAUCCGUACCGAUCAGUAAAAACGCCGUAAUAAACCGCAACUUCAACAUGUGUCACUCAACCAAGUAUGCAACUCAGUGCGUUUUUUUUUCCGAUCAACCCUACCGAUGUCUGUUUACGAUCGCGUUUGUUUGUUUUCGGUGCAGGGCGGUCGCUGGACGGUAGAUACGCGAGUCAAGACACGCGUAUCAUGCGUCGCUUUGUUUUCGGUACGCAAUAAUGCGUAGCAGCAAAGACAUCGCGGAGAAUGCUCUCGCUGCGCACGCUCGAUCCAAAGCCUGUGAGCGAGAUGGGGCGAGUGUGCCCGAACUUCAACACGAAGGACCAAAUAAAGCUAGCAGACAGGGCUAACGGCACUACCCGCGUUUUUUUGUCGGCAAAACACAUCUGCGACAACUUAUAAUGAGAAACAAUAGUCUCGUUGAAUAGGGCUUUCAGGUCUACAUUUUGUUUUCCGCUACGGGCUCAUUCACACUUAAUCUGGCGCUUGCGGAGAUUAGCGCAGACUGCUGCGGCGAUGUGGGAGGAGUCACUUCCUGCCCUGUUUGUGACGUCAUGUUGUGAACUUUAACCCCUCCUCCCUCAUGGCGGGGCUGAACCGCCCUGGAAAGGGCAAACACAGCGGCGGUCGGUUUCUCUUACGUCUUCACAGCCGCUCGUUAAACAGCAGGAUGCUACGAUGCUAAGGCUACACGGUAAACACAACGUUCUUCCUCCCCUGGGAGUCUUCCGGUUUGAGUGCUGGCUUAUGUGAUUGGCUGCCGCAGCGUGACGUCGGGUUGCGUCUCUCAAAAAGUUUAAUCGGAUUACAUUUUUCUCCUCGCUCAAACGCAAGACCCCCAUUUCCGAACGGGCGUUUUCGCCGCAACACCUGAUUCCGUGUGAUAGGGCCUAGGGCUACGAGUUGCUGCUAGAUUGUCUCGCUUUGCCGACUAACACCACUGCACACAUAGAGUUGCUUUAUUCCGAUCGUUUUGACAGUUGGUUUUUGGACGAUUUUAGAAUUAUUAAAAAAUGUGUGUCAAUUGUUUCUCAAAUAAACAUCGGAGAAAAUCGUGCGUAAAAAAAUAUUAAUAUUCCCGAGAAGAUAGUCACUGGUAUUUUUCUCUUUUUUUGACCAAACGUCAGGAAUAAACAAAUUAUUUUCUGAUAACUGUAGUCGAGAAAGAAAUAACCAUAAUACGAGAAGACGCGUGCGAUCCCGUGAAAACGAACAGAAUGUAUAAAAAGAAAUGGGCCAAUGAGAAAAGACAUUUUGUAAGCGUACAAAAGGAGAUCACUAGCGAGGUACACCAAAGCAAAGAGGAUGGGCUGGAUUGCUUUAGAGAACUCUUCAGCCUCGAUUAGAAGGCCUAUUCAUCUGGGUUUAGCCUAGCCACUAUGAUGUCAUUAAUAUAUUAAUGUUUCCGGGGUUUUCUCCCUUACAUAUCGAUUAAAAUCGGUGCCAUUUCUUGAUUUUUACAAGAUUCAUUUAAAAAUAAACCAAUCUUUGAAUCGUGCACUUAUUCAACAUCUAUUAAGGGUAUUUCUUUUUUUUUGGUGUGAGAUAUGCAACCAUCCCUGAAGAACAGAAACAAUAAAUUAAAUGUUAUGUUUUCACAAGAUUGUUUUUUUUCCUUUCUCUGUCCUACUCAUCAGAGCUUAACAAGAAUAAUUUGCCUGAAAGAAGAACAGAUUCAUAUUUUUCUACACUUAAGCCCAGUGCAGAGUAUGAGGUCUGGGGAAAAAAAUAUGUCUUUGCCCUGAAAGGGGUUUUAAAAGCAUAGCAGAUAUUUUGAUAUUGGUUCACUCUCUUCUCUAAACAAAAGCAUCGAAACAAUC